GGGGCAAUUGGCAAGCUCUUCGUCUUCAACUCUGCGUCAUGUUUCAGUUUACACAAUGACAACGGCAAGUCGUCGAUCGAAGAAGCGCAGAAAACUUCGAAAACAAGAGGUGAAUAUUAGGGCGAAAUUUCGAGCUAGUAAAGAAUCACACCCUAUUAUCAGCCCUAAGAUUAAGAAGUACUGGCUACAACGAUACAGUUUAUUUUCAAGGUACGAUGAAGGUAUCAAAAUGGACGAAGAAGGAUGGUUCUCAGUCACGCCGGAGGAAAUUGCAGUCCGCCAUGCCCAGCGGAGCGUUGGCGGUGGAGUGGUGGUUGAUUGCUUUGCUGGUAUGGGUGGCAAUUCCAUUCAAUUUGCUUCAUUGGGGUAUCACGUUAUUGCCAUAGAUAUUGAUCCUCGAAAGGUUGAAAUGGCAUCAAACAAUGCAAAGAUCUAUGGUGUGGACAAUUAUAUUGAUUUCAUAGUCGGUGACUUUUUGCAAUUAGCACCAUUUCUAAAGGGUAAUGUAGCAUUUCUUUCUCCACCAUGGGGAGGGCCUUCAUAUAAGAAUACACACAAUUUUACACUCGAUUUACUCAAGCCAGUUAAUGGGUAUACAUUGUUUCAAGUAGCUCAAACAAUAACCCCAAACAUCAUAAUGUUUUUGCCUCGAAAUGUGGAUGUUUGUGAAGUUGAACAACUUUCGUGGCUCUCUUCUCCUCCUCUAAAUGUUGAGAUUGAAGAAAAUUAUGUGCAUGGGUUUUUGAAGGGAAAAACUGCUUAUUUUGGUAAUGCUGCAUAUUGGGGUGUUGGUCAAUGAAGUUGCACCUUUGACUAAUGGCUAGAACUUGUAUAAACAAAAAGAGGUAAGGUUUGUUAGGUAAAUUAUUUUCAACAUUUUGUACAAUGACAUGUGCUCAAGGUUAAAUAUGAUGAAUUCACUAUAUUUAUAAGAUUAAAGUGUUCUAUUUCUAUGUUGUAGAUCAAUCUUGACU